UGCAAGGGGUAGGCGGGACCGGACUAAAGUUCAACACUAGCGUCUUGGAGGGUGAGCCCUGGGUGUGGCUAGAGACAGCCACGCCUUCGAACGACCCGCCCCUCAAUUAAGUCCCGCCCCUCACCUCCGCAGGCUCCACAGAAUACUGCUGAGCGCUCAGGAUGCGCCGAACGUCUGCGACCCUUCGGGGGCGAGCGAGGCCGCGGUGGCGUGCUGGGAACACAACGCCUGUCCCAGUGAACCAGACAGGCACCUGUGCUCAGCUCCAUCCCCCACCUCAAGGCACCUUGCAAGUCGUCCGUGGAGAUGGCACGUCUCUGGGGACUGUGCUCAUAUUCCACUGCCCCUCUGGCCACCAGAUGGUGGGGUCUGGCCUCCUCACUUGUGCCUGGAAUGGGAGCACCGUUGACUGGUCUUCAGGAAGCCCUGUGUGCAAAGCUGUGCCACCGCAUGAGACCUUCGGCUUUAAGGUGGCAGUGAUCGCCUCCAUUGUGAGCUGUGCCAUCAUCCUGCUCAUGUCCAUGGCCUUCCUCACCUGCUGCCUCCUCAAGUGCGUGCAGAAGAAUGAGCAGCGGCGUGCUGACAGGACGGCACAGCUGUGGUACCAGCUGAGAGGCGAGGACCUGGAGACGGUACAAGCUGCCUACUUGGGCCUCAAGGGACACAACCACAAUAACAGCAGCAGCGUCGGUGGUGGCAAUGGUGGCCCCAGUGGUGGUGGCAGCAAGCCAGGGAUUCAGCACAGCCAGGCCCAUGACAACCACAGCUUCACCACAGACCCUGGUGACAUCAGAGAACAGUCUGGUGUGACCCACAGUGUGGACAAAGACCCUUGGACUUUCAGGAUGGGAACUCCGGGCCCUGGUGGCUGCUCCAGCUCUCCAGGCACCUACGUGAUGGUCCACGCGAUGAACUCUGCAGGGCUGGCCCCUGGAAAUCCUAGGAGGCCCAAAGUGUACCUUCCAGGGUGACCCCACUAGCCAGAGGUCUGCAAGUCAACAUUUGCCCAGCUGGACAUGGGCCAAGGCAGUCCCCUCCAGGUAUAGGGGGCCAUUGGGAGCCUAGCUGACAUUAAAGGCUGGGGCCCUAGCGGGGAGCAGUCUUUUCUGGAGGUCUCCUCUGUGGCUGUUACAGGACCUGCUCAUUGAACUGCUACUGGGGUGAUGUCCCGAAGAAGUCACCACAACCAGGGUUCUUUUAGAGAGACUGAAACAUUUUAAACAGAUAUAGUUUUGCACAGUAGACUAUGAAAAUAUUAAUAAAGUACUUUCAGCAAAACAGGUAGCCACCUUAUCAUCUUCUGGGGCAUGGACGCCCCGCCUGGAAGCCAGGGCCCCCAGAACUUCAUCUGUCAACUGUGGUGAGAGAAAUGGAUGUGUUUUCUUUGCAUAAAAACAUAAAGUGGGGUUGGAAGUGCA